AUGUUCGCGGAGAUGAACCGGCGGACGCUGGCCUUCCGGGGCGCGCCGCCGCCCCCGCCCCCGCAGCUCAACGGACGCGGGGCGGACGACGAGGAGGCCCCGGAGCCCGACGACCUGGAGGCCGCCGCCGUGGCCGCCGCCGCCGCCGCCGAGGAGCGGAAGGACCGGCCGCUCGGCCCGGACGGGGGCGGCCCCGGGCCCGCCUUGGCCGAGAGGAACCGCCGGACUCUGGCCUUCCGCGGGGGCGGCGGCGGCGGCGGCGGAGGAGGAGGAGGAGGACACAAUGGCAGCGGCGAGCCGCCGGCGGCGGGAGCGGCGUGGCCCCCGAGGCCCGGGCCCGAGGGGAAGGAGCAGGACGGGGCGUCCCUCAGCGACAGCAGCAGCAGCGGCGGCGGCAGCAGCGACGACGACGACGACGACGACGACGAGGAGGAGGAGGAGGAGGAGGGGAGCCUGGGCGAGGGCAGCGGGCCGGAGGGGGGCGGCUGCCGCUCGGCCGGAGAGGAGGAGGCCGGAGAGGCGGGGGCCGGAGAGGCGGCGUCCGGCCCGGGCGUCCGCCACUUGCCCCUGCCGCGCUCCCGCUCGCUGCUGCAGAAGCCGCACUGCUCCUUCCAGGGCUCCUGGCUGAAGGAGUUCCCCUGGCUGCACUUCUGCCAGGAGACGGGCCUCAUGUCCUGCUCCUGGUGCCGCCGGGGCCCCGACGACGCGGGGGGCCGGGCCCCGCCCCCCCCCCCGCACGACGAGCUGUCCCGGGGCACCCGCAACUACAAGCGCACCCUCCUCCUGCGCCACCACCUCUCCGCCGAACACCGCCUCCGGGAGCCCGACGCCCAGUUGCAGGACUCGGAGGAUCUCCCGUCAGAACUGACCAACGAGGAGGCCUUCUGCGACUAUAACAGCAGGCCCAAUGAGAACUCUUACUGCUACCAGCUCCUCCAAGAACUGAAUGAGCAGAGGAAGAAAGGCAUCCUCUGCGACGUCAACAUCGUGGUGAGCGGAAGGGUCUUCCGAGCUCACAAGAACAUCCUGGUGGCAGGCAGCCGCUUCUUCAAGACUCUGUAUUGCUUCACCAACAAAGAGAGCCGUAACCAAACCACCGUCACCUACUUGGACGUCGUCGCCGUGCAGGGGUUUUCCGUCAUCUUGGACUUCUUGUAUUCCGGGAACCUGGUGCUCACGAGCCAGAACGCCAUCGAGGUGAUGUCCGUGGCCAGCUACCUGCAGAUGACCGAGGUGGUCCAGUCCUGCCGCAACUUCAUCAAAGAUGCCUUAAAUAUCAGCAUAAAGUCGGAGGCCCCCGAGGCCGUGGUGGUGGACUACAACCGGCGGUCCGUGAGCCGGGACGGCCUGCCCUCGGCCCGCGACCCGAAGGUGGCCAGCUUCUGGGCCACCCGCAACCUCACCAGCCUGGCCAGCAGCAUCAAAAGCGAGAGCGACGGCUGCUACGGCCUGGAGGAGGGCCAGGCGGAGAGCUACCACCUGAACGACUGCGGCUGGGCCCAGGACAGCUCGCCCGAGGUGGCCGAGAACGAGGCCGCCGGGCAGCAGCAGGGCAAGGUCUUCGUCUGGAACGACGUGAGCUCCCAGGGGGCUCCCGAAGCCGCCAAGGCGAGGAGGAAAAACCAGACCGCCAAGAGAUUUAUUUAUAAUAUCCCGCCCAACCACGAAGAAGGCAUGGAAGAUUGUUCGGCGAUGCAGCCCUCCGUCUCCUAUCCCGAAGAGGACUUACAGUUUAUCAAGGAAGAGCCAGAUCUGGACGGGGCCCUGCUGUCGGGGCCCGAUGGUGAGCGGGGCCUGAACGCCAAUCUCCUGGCCGAAGCCAACUCCAAUCAAGAUGGAGGCGAUGCAGGUACUUCAAACGAUUUCAAGUAUGGGUUGUUGCCCGGAACUUCAAACGAUUUCAAGUAUGGAUUGUUACCAGAAUCUUGGCCAAAGCAAGAAGCUUGGGAAAAUGGUGAAUCAUCGUCACUCAUCAUGAACAAACUGAAGUGUCCUCACUGCAACUACGUAGCCAAGUAUAGACGAACACUAAAGAGGCACCUGCUCAUCCAUACGGGCGUGAGAUCAUUCAGCUGCGACAUCUGCGGCAAGCUGUUUACCCGCAGAGAGCAUGUGAAGAGACAUUCCUUGGUGCACAAAAAGGAUAAAAAAUACAAAUGCAUGGUGUGUAAGAAGAUCUUCAUGUUGGCCGCCAGUGUCGGAAUAAGGCACGGAUCUCGGCGCUACGGCGUCUGUGUAGACUGUGCGGACAAAUCCCAGCCGGGCGGGCAGGAGGGCGUAGACCAGGGCCAGGACCCAGACUUCCCCAGGGAAGAAGAGUACGAGGAGAACGAGGUGGGGGAGGCCGACGAGGAGCUGGGGGACGACGCGGACGAGCAGGCCGACCCGUCGCGGUGGGACGAGUCGGGCGACGUCUGCAUGGCGCUGGAGGAUUGACCGGCCCGAUCGUCGGGCCGCCCCGGGCCCGGCCGUCUGAGUUCUGGGACUUGAAGGCUUGCGAAAUAUGGUACACGCUGGACAGGAGUUGUGCUGUGAAUCUGUAGGGCCAGAGCCUUAUAGCGAAAAAACAAAACAAAACAAAAAAAAGACUCCAUUUUUAUAUUUGCACAGGACUGUACAGCCAACAACCAUAUGUGGUUGCGUUAGAGAGUCCUCACAUCUCCAAUCAGUUAGCAAAGGAAAAAUAUUUUUUAUUAUUUAUAGGAUAUACAGUAGCUAUUUGGGUCCUAAUAAAACUUAGUAACUGUC